GAAACUGUCCGAUAUUCAUGUUCUCGAGAGCAAUGUCGACCGCACCUCUGCAGACUAAUGCAUUAUUUUAUUAUUCGAAUUGAUUGACGUUACGAGCGACACGACAUGCUAGAUAGUUCUCUUUUUUGCGCCUCGGCAUGAUAGAAUAUGUCAGAUAUCAAGCAACGAAUAUGCAACCUGCGGGUUACGACCGUAUCUCAGCGUCCAUUUAUCCCUUGGAAAGACCUUGAGCGCACUCUCGAUGAAGAGACUAUUGUCGAAGUUUUACGGAAGGGAGGUAUUGAGAUAUAUCAGAGAAAGGAGGCUGUCGGUGCGAUAAUCAAUGGAGGUAGAAGAGUCUUUGGUAUACUGUGCAUACUAGAAUGCGAGGCCGCUAUUAUGCAAUUUUUGGAGCUUGAUAGCUUCCUCACCAAGACUAUAGACUCCGGACUGCCUUUUAAUGAGCAAGCCCUUCGGCGGAUCGUUCCUGCGGAAUACCGAAGCUUUUACGAUAUUCAGUGGCAAUUUUGCGCUCCGAUGUUUGGAGCAAAUAUGCACCAUCGGCACCUCGACAGUCAGACGAUCUUGCCGUUUAUGAAAGUCAAGGAGAUUACUAGUGGAGCAUUCGGUAAAGUUUCUAGAGUUGUCCUUAGAGGAUCGCACCAAGACAUUGAAGUCGAGAGAACAAAUGAGGUUGAGAUAGUUCUUAAGGAACUUAAAGACCCUAUAGCCUCAAGCAGAGUCGAGUUUGAAAGGGAAAGACACAUCCUUUCAAUGCUCAAAUGUCUUAAGCACCCGAAUAUCAUUCCGUUCUAUACCUCUUAUACCAUGGGUCACAUUCCAUGCUUUCUAUUUGCACCAGCAGAUUUCUCUCUGGGCGAUCUGCUGUCUCGCCCUCGACCUCCUCAAUUCAAUACAGACGAGUCUUUAUUUCAAGCGCUCCACGGACUCGCUUCCGCCAUUGCCCAUGUUCACAAAUACUUCCACGAAGAGGAUGAUCUAAGCAUGGUCGGGUGCCACUACGAUUUGAAGCCAAGUAAUAUACUGGUCAAAGGCAAUAAAUUAAUCCUGGCGGACUUUGGACUUUCUAGGUUGAAAUUGAUAACUCAAGGAUCUAGAUCGACCUUCAAAGGUGGAACGUCGGACUAUCUGGCCCCUGAAUGCCAAGACCUUGAUGGCGACUUAUCCAAGAAUAGCAUUGGAAGAGGAAGCGACAUUUGGUCUUUUGGUUGUAUUCUGGCUGAGGUUGCUACUUACCUCGAGCUGGGACACGCCGGUGUAGAAGAGUUCUCACAGAAAAGGAAAAUUACGUUUGGUGGCUUCCUUACGAUGAGGCCCUUUCACAGCGGAGCUAAGCCAAGCCCUGCAGUUGCCAAAUGGCUUGAACGACUGAAAAACACAAACUUGCCAUCAGAGAUUAGGCAAGGGCUACUGGUUCUCGUACAGGAUAUGCUCACAUUUGAUGUUUUGGACCGACCUGACGCACAUCGUGUCUUGGCACGGUUGUUUAUACUGGCUCAGAGAUCGCUUAUUAACGACACAUAUAAUACUCUAACCACCUUGAAGGAGAAGUCCGACUAUCCUCUCAGAAUCGAAUGUAUUCGAUUUGAAAUAUGGUGUGACAUGGUUGGACUCGGUAGCGACGCUAAACGACGCCAGCAAUCUUGGUUUCUCACCGAUGAGGGAAGUUUACAUAUUGACAAGACCAUCGCCACACUCCAGUCUGUUGCUACAGAGCUGCAGGCCAGUCUCGUCGUGAAUGAGAGUGUGGAACGAUACAAUAACCCAGUACACCUCCGUUUGCGUGAGCUUGUUAGCGAUCUCUGGAAUAUCCUGAAUGACAUCACCCUUCGUAGGAUGGAAAGUAAAUUGGAGGAAAUCAUAUUAGACCAGAACGAUAGCGAUAUAACGGGCUAUCGAGUCACUUUGGCAAGACCGGCAUAUCGGGAAAUCCAGCUGCUGCUUUCAAUGAAGCAAGCAACGUCAUCAGUGGGCACUUUCAAAAAUAAAGGCCGGAGCUUUUUGACAGAUGCCAUAGUACGAGAUCAAUUAGAUAUUGGCUCAGCCGUACUCGGUCUUAUCACAGCAAAAUCGGGAAAAGAUACACCAGUCCUUGUUGAAAUUUUGGAAUACGAGGAUGAAUGGACCAACAGGUUUGAUGAGCUGGUUCUCCGCGUCAAUGGUCUGGUUUCUGUCCUCUCACAACUUGCCACUUCCUCGUUCCCCGUAUUGAGAUGUAUAAAUUUCUGCCAUCUUAAAAGCCAGCACUCUUUUGGUCUCAUUUACGAGACGCCUCUCCCUCCCCUAGGUUUACCAAAGGCAUCGGCCCCAGUCGCACUAGCAGAAAUUAUUCGCCCCACUCAACCUCGUCCACGUCGCCCUCUACUGAGUGAAAUCUUCGUCACAGCCCAUACUUUGGCCUCUGCGCUUCUCAAGUUUCACAAAGCCGACUGGCUACACAAAGGAAUUUCCUCCUACAAUAUUAUAUAUUUUCCCAACUCUGGUGAAGAGCUAGCCCUCGCUUUCUCCCGCCCUUACUUGAUUGGAUUCAAUCACAGUCGAGAAAACAGCGACUAUGCAUUCACGCUGGGCCCGACCACAGAUAUCAAAGUCAGAGAUUACCAACAUCCGGAAUAUCGUGAAGGAGGCCCGAACCUGCGCUUUAGAGAAGAAUUCGACUACUUUAGUCUUGGUAUCGUUCUCCUGGAGCUCGGCUUAUGGAGAACAUUAUCAAGCAUGACGAAAGGAAAAGAAAGGGCCAAGUCGAGUGAGAUACGGCAGUAUCUUCUCGACGAGAUGGUUCCAUCAUUAGGUUCCUACAUGGGCAAAGUCUAUAGAGAUUUGGUGAGAAUAUGCAUAGAUGGAUGCAAGCCGUCUAGGACCGGUAACGAAUCUGAACCAGCUUGGUAUGUAUUUCAAGAGAUGGUCGUAGAGCCACUUUUUCAUUGUCUUUCAAUUCAUCAUGCCCGAAACCUUGAUGAAGGGUGAUCGACGGGGCUAUCAACUGCGAUAAGUUCUAUCACGUAAUAUUGCUUUGUUAAAUAGAUGCAGUGUAGACUUGCUGCAAUCUAACAUUACAAAUCUAACUUUGCAACUUUGGUAUUAAAUAACUUUAGCUUGGUAGUACAACUCUAGCAUUCCAGCUCACAUUGUGGCUCUGAAACUACAUAGCUCUAUCUUUUAGCAUUAGUUUAGUCAAGUUUCGGGCACAGAGUGAGCACUACCUAAUUUACAAUUUCGAAGUCUAGCUAUAAGUCACUUGUCAC